AUGUCGCCUACGAUAGCCAUACCCCCUUCUUCCACUACUGUGGAGGUCAGUAUCAUCGACACAACAUCGGCAAUCCAUUGCUCACCAAGCAUCUUUAUCUCCCCUGAGAUAAAGGGGCUAACGGACCUGGAUGCCAAUUCCUACUCAUUUCUCGUUGAACACAAACCUACCGGACGACGCGUGGUCUUUGACUUGGGGGUUCGAAAGGACUGGCAAAACUAUGCAAAGCCCGUGUAUGAUCAACUCAUCAAAUCGGGGGCGUUCACCCUCGAUGUUCGAAAAGAUGUGGCGGAGAUUUUGGUAGAGAAUGGUGUCGCGCUGGAUACCAUAGAGGCGAUCAUUUGGAGUCACACCCAUUUCGACCACGUCGGCGAUCCCUCGACAUUUCCGGGAUCGACAUCCCUUAUCGUUGGCCCGGGGGUCCUCGCUGCUCAUCUUCCCGCCUACCCUGCUAAUCCCGUGGGUCUGCUCCUGGAAUCUGACUUCCACGGACGGUCUCUCAUAGAGCUUGAGCCUUCUCAAUUCGAUGCCCAAAUUGGCGGGUAUAAAGCCCACGACUUCUUCAAGGAUGGUUCAUUCUACCUCCUUGAUGUCCCCGGUCACGCGGUAGGCCACAUCUGUGGUCUAGCCAGGACAACCUCAGCCAGCGCCGAUGGCGCUGACACCGACACCUUCAUUCUCAUGGGAGCAGACACUGUUCAUCAUGCUGGCGAGCUCCGACCGUCGGAAGCCGUACCACUACCCAAGCAGAUUUCUCCCAAUCCACGCGGGGGGUCUACGCCAUGCCCUGGGGAGAUAUUUGAGUCGAUCCAUCCCACACCAGAGAAAUAUGAGACCAGUCCAUUCUAUCGUAUAAAAGUAAAUGAGGAUGGGAGCAGCCUUGCGCAUGAUCUCACGGAGGCAGAGCAGAGUAUUCAUCAUCUUCAAGAGUUCGAUGCGUUGGAGGACGUCUUUGUGGCGUUUGCGCAUGAUACGGGUCUGAAUGGCGUGAUUCAAACUUUUCCGGCCAAGGCAAACGGAUGGAAAGAGGCUGGAUGGGGAGAGAAGAGUCGAUGGAGAUUUCUGGGAGAUUGGGAGGUGUAG